AUGACGCGAGCAACUCGUCUCUUUUAUGGACUAGGAACGAUCUUCUCUCUGCUAGGCGCUACGAUCGCCACUGAGAAUCAACCCACCACGGAAUGGCCUCUGCACGAUGAUGGUCUGAACGAAGUGGUCCAAUGGGAUCACUACAGUUUCCAAAUCAACAGCCAGCGUAUCUUUGUCUUCUCCGGUGAAUUUCACUACUGGCGUAUCCCUGUCCCCGGUCUGUGGCGGGAUAUCCUCGAGAAGAUCAAAGCAGCCGGUUUCACGGCGUUUGCCUUUUACGCCAACUGGGCGUACCAUGCACCCAAUAACCAGACGCUCGACUUUACCACCGGCGCACAUGAUUUUACUCCACUAUUCGAAUUGGCAAAAGAGCUUGGGUUGUACAUUAUCGUUCGCCCCGGACCAUAUGUCAAUGCCGAAGCCAGCGCUGGCGGAUUCCCGCUGUGGCUGACUACUGGUGAAUACGGCUCCCUUCGCAACAAUGAUACUCGCUAUACCAAAGCCUGGACGCCGUAUUUCACCAAGAUGUCCCAGAUCACCAGCAAGUACCAGGUGACUAACGGAGAGAAUGCGAUGGUCUAUCAAAUCGAGAACGAGUAUGGAGACCAGUGGGUCGGUUCUGCGUCGAAACGUGUGCCGAAUGAAGACGCCAUCUCUUAUAUGGAGCUUCUUGAGGCAAAUGCCCGUGCCAAUGGGAUUACCGUGCCGUUGACUGCGAACGACCCGAACAUGAACUCGCAUUCGUGGGGAAGCGAUUGGUCUAAUGAGGGUGGUAAUGUGGACGUUGCUGGUGUAGACUCGUACCCUUCGUGUUGGACCUGCGAUCUCAGCCAAUGCACCUCAACGAAUGGCGAAUACAUCGCGUUCUCAGUCAUGGACUACUACGAUUACUUCCAAGAAUCCCAGCCCACCAUGCCCGAAUUCAUGCCCGAGUUCCAAGGUGGUUCGUACAACCCCUGGGGAGGUCCUGAGGGUGGCUGCGCGGAGAAUUCGAACCAGGACUUUGCGAAUCUGUUCUACCGAUGGAACAUCGGUCAGCGAGUCACCGCGAUGAGUCUGUACAUGCUCUUCGGUGGAACGAACUGGGGUGCCAUUGCUGCGCCGGUCACUGCCAGCAGCUACGAUUACUCGGCACCCAUCUCGGAAGAUCGAUCUAUUGGGGACAAGUACUACGAAACCAAGCUGCUAGCUUUGUUUACUCGCUGCGCGAAGGAUUUGACGAUGACAAACUUGAUUGGGAACGGCACUCAAUAUACUGAUAAUGCACUUGUCCGAGCCUAUGAGCUACGCAACCCCGACACGAAUGCUGGCUUCUAUGCGACUUUCCACACCAACACGUCUGUCUCGACUAACGAUGCUUUCCAUGUCAAGGUGAACACCUCUGCUGGUGUUUUCACUGUUCCCAAGCAUGGCGGGGUGGUCCGUCUGAACGGACAUCAAUCCAAGAUCCUGGUUACCGACUUCACCUUUGGCUCGAAGACAUUGCUGUAUUCCACCGCUGAGGUUCUAACAUACGCCGUGUUCGACAAGACUCCUACGCUGGUCCUCUGGGUGCCGACGGGUGAAUCAGGCGAAUUUAAUGUCAAGGGCGCGAAGAAGGGAUCCGUCAAGGAGUGCCAGGGCUGUUCUGGUGUGAAAUUCUUCAAGGAGAAUGGCGGUCUGACGGCCACCUUCACCCAGUCGUCCGGCAUGAGUGUGUUGGAGAUUGAUGAUUUCCAGGUCAUUCUACUCGACAGGACAGCGGCGUAUAAAUUCUGGGCUCCUGCGCUUACAAAUGACCCCCUUGUGCCUGAGACAGAGAGUGUGCUCGUUCAGGGACCCUACCUCGUUCGCGGCGCUUCUCUUUCGGGCUCGAAGCUUGCUGUGACAGGUGAUAUUAUCAACGCCACGACUUUGGAGGUCUUUGCUCCCAACGCAGUCAAGUCUAUUACUUGGAAUGGAAAGGCCCUGCACACUCAACGUACCGACUAUGGCAGUCUGAAGGGGUCCAUUGCAGCACCCAAGGCCGUUACCCUUCCUUCCUUUAAAUCAUGGAAGUCAGAGGACAGUCUUCCCGAGCGAUUGACUACUUAUGAUGACUCGGGAGCUGCAUGGGUUGAUGCCAACCACCAGUCCACGCUGAACCCACGCACCCCUACAACCCUGCCAGUCAUGUAUGCAGAUGAAUACGGCUUCCACAACGGUGUCCGCCUUUGGCGUGGGUACUUCAACGGCUCCGCAACAGGUGCCUACAUCAACGUCCAGGGUGGCUACGCCUUCGGCUGGUCCGCCUGGCUGAACGGCCAAUUCAUCGGCUCCUUCCUCGGCUCUGCCUCCGUAGAAGCAGGCAACCUAAACCUCUCCUUCUCCAACGCAACUCUCAACACCCACAAGCCCAACGUCCUCCUAGUCCUCCACGACGACACAGGCCACGAUGAAACAAGCGGUGCCCUAAACCCCCGCGGUAUCCUCGACGCCAGCCUAAUCGGUUCUUCAUCCGGUUUCUCCCACUGGCGUCUGGCCGGUACCGCCGGCGGCGAGUCUAACCUCGACCCUGUUCGUGGCGUAUUCAACGAAGACGGUCUGUACGGUGAGCGUGUUGGCUGGCAUCUCCCCGGCUUCGACGACUCGGCCUGGUCCAGCGCCUCAUCUCUAAGUUUCACCGGCGCAACUGUCAAGUUUUUCCGUACCACUAUCCCGCUCAAUCUCCCGUCUGACACGGACGUAUCGAUUUCUUUCGUCCUGUCUACGCCGUCUGGUAAAACGACCGCGUAUCGCGCGCAGAUCUUCGUGAACGGGUACCAGUAUGGUCGGUAUAACCCGUAUAUCGGCAACCAGGUGGUUUAUCCUGUUCCGGCGGGUAUUUUGGACUACACCGGCGAGAAUACGGUGGCUGUUGCUGUGUGGGCGCAGACGGAGGCGGGGGCUAGUAUUGAGGUGGAUUGGCGGGUUAACUAUGUGGCUGAUAGUUCGCUGGAUGUUAUUAGUGUUAGUGAUAAGGCGGAGGGACUGAGGACUAAGUGGACUGAGGUGCGGAAGAAGUAUGCCUGA